AGUGCUGCUGAGCUUGGCAGUCGCUUGGCCGCUACUUCUGUUACUUUAAGACGGUGCCUGAGGUUGGGGGUGACCAUGGCCAAGAGCAAGUUCGAGUACGUGCGGGAUUUUGAGGCUGACGAUACCUGCUUGCCGCACUGCUGGGUUGUGGUGCGGCUAGACGGCCGGAAUUUCCACCGAUUUGCUGAGAAGCACAAUUUUGCAAAACCUAAUGACAGCCGAGCUCUCCAGCUGAUGACCAAAUGUGCCCAGACAGUAAUGGAGGAGCUGGAGGACAUUGUGAUCGCGUAUGGACAGAGUGAUGAGUACAGCUUCGUGUUCAGGCGGAAAAGCAAUUGGUUUAAAAGAAGAGCCAGUAAGUUCAUGACUCUCGUGGCCUCCCAGUUCGCCUCCAGCUAUGUGUUCUACUGGCGGGAUUACUUUGAGGAUCAGCCACUUCUGUAUCCGCCAGGAUUUGAUGGCAGAGUCGUGUUGUAUCCUAGCAACCAGACCUUGAAGGACUACCUCAGUUGGCGACAGGCAGACUGUAAGUGGCACAGUGUGACAGUUCAAGUCAAACUACCAAACCUGUACAUUAACGCCACGGACCUCAUACAAGGUCACAUCAAUAAUCUUUAUAAUACAGUGUUCUGGGCCCUUGUCCAACAGUCUGGACUAACACCAGUCCAAGCCCAGGAGAGAUUAAAGGGAACUCUGGCCGGAGACAAGAACGAGAUUCUGUUCUCUCAGUUUCACAUCAACUACAAUGACGAGCCACAGAUGUACAGGAAAGGGACCGUGUUGGUGUGGCAGAAGGUGGAUGAAGUCAGGACACAGGAAGUUAGGCUGCCUGUGGAAAUGGAGGGGCAAAGGAUGACUGUGACCCGGACCAGGACCAGGCCCGUGCCCUUGCACAGCGAUCUCAUUGGGGACGCUUUCUGGAAAGAACACCCAGAUAUUCUGUCGGGAGAGAACUGACCCUGCAUUCUGCAGUUCUGCCGUGCUUAGCCAUGCAGGUCUCCCGGAGGCUCCUCUCCUUAGGUGGCUCGAGCAUCCCUAGCCCCAGGAGAACUGUAAGGAGCCACAUGACUGGAACCCGGUGGAGACAGAGAAAGAAGCAAUGGACGGAGGCGGCGUAUCUCACUGUGCUUAAACAGAAUACCUUUUUUUUUUCUUUUUUUUUUUUUUUUACGGUGUUAGAACAUAACUUUGGCUCUUUUUAAAAUCAUGAUCCUAUUUUUAUAAAGAACUAUUCAUGCUUUGCUGGAUGAGUCAUUUUUAGCUGUGGCAUAAACCUCUCAAAAUCCCGUCACCUCUUUUCACCUCUGAUAGAAGGGGAGCCCAGACUUUACCCUCACCCACCUUUCUGAACUCGAGAACCCGGUGACUGCACAUUCCCACUCUGACACCCGCGUGCUUGUACUCAUGUUCUCUUCUGGCGUGAAGUUAAAUAUGGCUUCCUGCCUGCACGAUGCCUCCAGAUUGAGGAAUCCCAGAGAACACUCGCGGAUUGGUGCCAGUUCCCCAGGGUGGCAGCUUUGGCUGAACAAACGAGGAGUGUUCUGGGUAUCCCGCACCAUUCCAGGAUUGAUUUUUCUGGAAUCGUUAGCAUGAUCGUCGUCAUCUCUUACCAGGGACAUAGUUUUCCAGUCCCCUACCUCUUUGGAAGGGAAGAUUUUGGGGAGGUGUGCGUGUAUGCAAAUGAGGCUGGAGAGCAGCUACUCCGUGGAUGCUGGAAGUACUUCCCUCGGAAAAGCGGACUUUGCGUUAGACUUCUGGGCAAGCAUUUUCAAACAGCCUCUGUUGUCACAACCAUAACCUUGGAAUUCGAGAGCACCAGGAGGCCUGAUAUGGUGGUUUAGCCUAAUCCUAGCACUCAGGAGGUUGAGGCAGGAAAUUUGAAGCCAACAUUUGAAGCCAAACUGGACUACAUGGCAGGGCUAUAAAAAUGGGUGGAGUUGGAGGCUCUAUUGAUUUCAGAGGUUUGAAAAUAGCCCCUCCUGCUGAUGGCAGGAUGGUGUUGGCAAGGGGGCAGAGAGUAGUAAUAAAAAUCAUUUGUUGCCAAGGUGUUGGACUCAAUGGGAAAGUCACGUUUCUCCUUGACCUUGUUUUAUGUUUUAGAAGAAAAGGAUUAUUUGCCUCCAUCAGGAAUUAAUUAAAAGACAGCCUAUGUCCUGCUUUCUGGUCUUGAUUGCAGAAUUUCCAGCCAAGAAGAAAAUGUAUUUUUGAAAGAACAGCGUCUGGCCUCAUCCCUCACUAACUGACACCCCAUCUGCUGAUGCCUUUUUUUCCUUCCUGUUCUCCCCACUCCCCAGGAAGAAGCAAUAGAGCUCAUGUUUGGCAACUGCUAAAAUCUUUUUAAGGGAGGGGAAAGUAUAAUAAAGAUUUCAAUU